AUGUUAUCACAACCUCUAAAUUCUUACAAAGUUCUUGAUUUAUCACGAGUUCGUGCUGGACCAACAGCAGUUCGACAAUUGAGUGAUUGGGGCGCACAAGUGAUUAAAAUCGAAAUACCAAAAGAUAAUUCGAAUGAUGAAGGUGAAACUGAUAGAGCUGAUUAUCAAAAUAUUCAACGUAAUAAACGUUCCAUAGCAAUUAAUCUUAAGAAUAAAGAUGGUUUACAUAUAUUAAAACAACUUGUUAAUACAGCUGAUGUAUUAAUUGAAAGUUUUCGACCUGAUGUUAAAUAUCGUCUAGGUAUUGAUUAUGAAACAUUACGUCAAAUCAAUCCUCGAUUGAUCUAUGCUUCUAUAUCAGGUUUUGGUGAAACAGGUCCCUAUAAAAAUCGACCAGGUUAUGAUCAAAUUGUGCAAGGUAUGGGUGGUCUUAUGUCUGUAACAGGUCUACCCGGUCAAGGGCCCGUUCGUGCUGGUAUUCCAAUAGCUGAUUUAUCGACUGGUUUAUUACUUGCCAAUGGAAUAUUAAUUGCUCUAUUGGAACGGCAUUCAUCUGGUCAAGGGCAAUGGAUUCAAACAUCAUUACUUGCUUCACAAAUUUUUAUGUUAGAUCUACAAGCCGCUCGUUAUCUUAUCGAUGAUCAAGUACCAUUGCAAGCUGGCAACCAUCAUCCGACAACGAUACCGACAGGUACUUUUCGUACAAUCGAUGGACAUAUAACAAUAGCUGCGUCUGAACAAAAAGAAUUUCAAAAUCUAUGCAAAGCAUUAAAUAUUCAAGAUGUAGCAUUCAAUCCUGAUUAUCUUACGCCCGAGAAACGCUCCAUGAAUCGUGAACAGUUGAAUGAUCUGCUAGAAAAAAUUUUAUGUACGAAAUCAACUGAAUACUGGGUGAAUGAAUUGAAUCAAGCAAGUAUUGCAUGCGGACCAAUCAACCGUAUAAAUGAAACAUUUGCUGAUCCGCAAGUCAAACAUUUACAGUUAACAGCUCAACUAGAACAUCCGAGACGCGGUUCAAUUGAACUUUUAGGACAACCGAUAACAAUGAGUCGAUCACAAUGGUUAAUUUAUCGAUUAGCACCAAAAUGUGGAGAACACACAAGAGAAAUUCUCGAAGAGCUCGAAUAUAAAACCAAUGAAAUUGAUGAUCUUAUCAGCAGACAUGUCGUCUUCAUUUCCUCCUCGAUAUCUGCCAAAUGA